CUUGAAGGUUUGCUUUGGUGGAAAGAAAGAGGCAGUGGCCAUACUGGGUGGUGUUUGGUGUAAUUGUAGGUUAAACAAGAGCCAUCAAGAAGGGGAUAACCCUCGGCCUACGAUAGGAUAGGGCUUUCAGAACAAGGACCCUGCCAAUCAAGACCAAGAAUGAGCCCGUCGGGUAAAGAUGGGUUUGGCACUAAUCUUCCUGAUGAAGAGGGAAGACCCGAGAAUGGGCCAGUCCGGUGAGAAGCAUGGGUUUGGCAGGAGUCUUCCAGAUAACGAGAACCACUUCCAGACCUGAGGCAACCACUGAGACCUGGAAGUGAAAGAAUUGGGCACAGGAGGAACUGAGAACAGCUCUAUUUAUGGAGCUCGGGGUCUGGGGAGAGGGCAAUGAUUCAUCCAGGGUAGGCUGCAGGUGGUGAAGCUGAAGUCACCACUAAGGUCCCCGAGGCUCCACCAAGCUGUCGGUACUAAAGUCAGCUCUGCAGUAUGCUUCCCUGGAGUUGAUGGUCCUUUCCACCAUGCCCAAGGUUCAGGGAUGCUGUCAGAACACUGUAAGCAUCCACUGUUUGGUUCUUGAUAUCUUUCACAUCAGCAGGUAUCACUGAAUGAGAGAACAGGGCAGCCAAAGCUCAGGCUGCUACUUCCCCUAACCUUGUCGGCAGCUUCCGAGUCCCAUCUCCGAGCCUGUGGGAGGCGGAUGUGCCAACAGAAAACUUUGUGCUAGAACAUGGGCAAGAAAGCGUGGUGGAAAGGGCAGACAGGCUGUCUCAUCAUGGAGGUAGUAGGCCUUGCUCCAGAGGCAGGGUUAGAGACCUGGGCUAGACCACAGCUUGCUGCAUGUUCCCUUUCAGUAGCUUGUCAGCAUUUUGUUUAGAAGUCUCAGUACCCCUUGAGUCUCUUUUUUUCCAGGCCUCUAAAUUACUACUAGCAAAUUGAUCAUACUACAUGGGACCCUUCUACGAACUAUUCUCUACAGUGCUGGCACUGAGCAGGUACUCAGUAUUGAUUUGCUCACAAUGAAAUUUAUUUUUAAUAGCCUGACACCCUGAUCUGACUCAUCUGUCUCCUUGGACACCCACAUGGGAUGUUACUUGGAUUUUCAAUUCGUUCUUGCUGCUCCAAACACCCUUCCUUUGGGUAUGCAGCCAUGUAAGUCCUGUGGUCCCAAAGUCCUCAAGAGAUUGAACACAAAAUGUGAUUGUGUGCCUGUGCAAGAUCACGCGUAUGGAGAAAAAGGGCAGUGGUGUUUGUGUCCUAGCCCUUCUUGCAAGUAAGGGUAGGAACCACAUAUGCAUCCAUCGUAGGGGAGGAACAAGGCAAGGAGAGGCCCAUUUUUAACAAAUUACAGAGCUUAUGGUCCCCUGAAGAAAUGAGGCCAUUGUAGCAGGGGCUAAGUAUUCAGGCUCUUUGUUGAAAGACGAGGUAAGGUAGCCAAUAGAAUAGAAUCUGUUCCUUUUAUAUAAGCACGUACUGCAAAGAAAAAGUACGUGCAGUUAGCCUGGUGUCACCCCUAUUGUCAGAACAACAAACCAAGGUGAACCCAAGACCAGGGAUUCACUUGGAAAGGUCAUCACAGAGCCUCAUAAAUCUCCAAGAGUAGGAUGAGCAAGUGUGAGUUUGAACAGCUUACACAUUAUUUCGUUAAAAAUAACACAAUUUCAUGGCACAGUCAUAACUAAACUUUUUUUUUUUUUUUUUUUGCUUUUUCGAGACAGGGUUUCUCUGUGGCUUUGGAGCCUACCCUGGAACUAGCUCUGUAGACCAGGCUGGUCUCGAACUAAACAUUUUUAAAAGAAAACGCAGACAAAGUUUAAUUUAUCGAAUGGAUAAAUGGAGACUUUGAACCAGCCGUUAGGCCGUCUCCUCACGCUGACGCUCUCAGUACUACAUACCGUUUUUCAAUAACAACAAGCCCAGAAGAAACUUCUGGUCCCGAGUGUGCCUCAUGCACCGGAUCCUGUGACUCUAGGUCACUCGGGAUCGGCCUCCUCGCCCGCCCCGCCGCUCCUUCCCUGCGGGGACGAGCCCAGAUCCCAAGCACGUGGCGGGCGCGGGGCCCCUUCCGGUGCCCUAGGGAAGCGCGGCUGAUGAAACGCUCGCGGCUGGGCCCGGGAGACGCGGCCGCAGGGCGGCUUGGCGGAGGAGACCGCUCGGGCGGGGCGCGGGAGGCGCGAGAGGCGGACGCUGGGGGGCCGGCACAGGGGCGCCGUGGCGCAGAAGGGGCCUCCGACCCUGCGCGUCCCCGGGCUGCGGGCAUCCCUCACCUAUGCAGCUGCUCCUGCUGAAGAAUGAAGAUGAGCAGUGAAGGGGACUGAAGGAUCAGUUUCUCCCAGUAGAGGCGAGUGGAGAUGAGACACUGCCCCAGCAUGAACUGUACACCCAGAAACAGGAAGUAGAAGCGGGAGCAGCUGCCUCUUUGCCAUGGCCUGUGAGCCUCCUACAGACCCUGGUGGGGCAGCUGGUCCCCUGCCCACCUCUAUCCUGGGCUGCAGCACCCUGCCUCAAAGGAGCCCUCUUGGCUGGGGUCAAGAGCUGCACAAUGGCCAGGUCCUUACAGUCCUCCGGAUCGACAAUACCUGUGCACCCGUCUCCUUUGACCUGGGAGCUGUAGAAGAGCAGCUCCAGGCCUGGGGCAUUCAGGUCCCUGCCGAGCAAUACAGGAACCUGGCCGAGAGUGCUCUCUUGGAGCCUCAGGUGAGGAGGUACAUCAUCUACAACUCGAGGCCCGUGCGGCUGGCCUUUGCUGUGGUGUUCUAUGUGGUGGUGUGGGCCAACAUCUACUCCACCAGCCAGAUGUUUGCCCUGGGCAGCCCGUGGGCAGGCGUGCUGCUUGCCACCCUGACCGCUGUCAGCCUGACGCUGACUCUUGUGCUGGUGUUUGAGAGACAGCAAAGGAAGGCUAACACUAACACAGACCUGAGGCUGAUGGCCGCCAAUGAAGCCCUUCUGAGACACCGCGUGCUGCUCGGGGCGACAGACACAGUGGAAGGGUGCCAGAGUGUGAUCCAGCUCUGGUUUGUCUACUUCGACCUGGAGAGCUGUGUGCAGUUUUUGUCUGAUCAUAUUCAGGAAAUGAAGAGGAGCCAAGAGUCUGUGCUGAGAAACAAAUUAAGCCAGCUAUGUGUUGUCAUGGAGACAGGAGUGAACCCUGUGGUGGAAGGGCCUGAGGACUUGGAGGAUGCCCCCCUGCUACCCAGCACUCCUGGUCCUCCAGAGAGACCACUCAUGCAGACUGAACUCUAUCAGCUUGUUCCGGAGGCUGAGCCGGAGGAGAUGGCCCGGCAGCUACUGGCAGUGUUUGGUGGCUACUACACUCGGCUCCUGGUGACCUCCCAGUUGCCCCGGCCAAUGGGAGCCCGACACACAGAUUCUGCACAGGUUCCGUGCCCCUGUCAGCUCAUAGAAGUGCACAUUCUGGACACAGGGUGCUGCCCAUUCCUGGCCAGGUGACCGGUAGACAAAGACAUUCAUUUUCCUCCAAGAUUGAGAAGUUGGGGAGGAGUCAGGAGCCUGGCGUGGCUGACCCUGAGCUCAGAUGAGAUCAGCAUUUGGGGACACUUUGGAAGUGUCUGUCAUGUUGGUAUGGGGUCCCCAAGUGUACACCAGAUGUCUUUCGGCAUCACACACUGUCCUGGCCUCGCUGAAUCUGUUGGCUGAGCUGGAUGGUGUGAGGAGACCAGGGCUGGUGGUCGACAGCAGGGAACCUGGAAAAGAAGACCCUGUUGGUGUGACUCAGACUGAUUCUGUGGGCGACAUGCUGACUUGUGUCGCAAUUCUGUCUUGCUGAGCGGCAGUGCUUCCUCACACCCCACUGUUCUGGAGUGAAGUGUCGUCAGACACGCUGGGUUUGAGCAGAAAGCUCAGAGGCUCCCCAAGAGUUUGAAGACUGCCCACAGCCCCAUGUUCAAAGCCCUCAUUUGGUGUGAAGGUCCAGCUCUGAGUUCCAGCUUCGCGGUUUCUUCCCCACAAAUCACCACCCUAAGUUGGAACUCUUCCCCGGACUGGCAGGGGCAGCUUUCGUGACCCUUCUGCUGCUUUCCGUCAUUGAAAUUCCUCAUGGAACUGCUCCUAUUAUUAUUGAUGUUUAUGUUAUUCACUUUUUCCUGUACAUACUUCUUUUUCUAUUGAGACUGUAAACUCCUCAGGGUCCAACACUGUACCUGUCUUCCCUUUGUGAAUGACCUGGACUUGCUUAAAACAAAAGCACUUCUGAAAAGUCCCAUGGAUCCGUUGCCUUAUCCUCUCCCCAGUUGUGGCAAAUGCUUCUGAAACUUGGCUGAAUGAUAGGACCGGGGUCGUGAUGGAGCUGCAUCGCGGUUUGUCCACCUUCCACUUACUGGAUGGUCCUGGUCAUUUCCAGUUUAUUGUGCUGGUAUUCUUACCUCGGUGCACAAAGUGCUCCCCUAACUCCUGACCCCAAACUAAGGUGUCCUUGGUGAAAUGCCAUCACAGGGAGCACAUCUGCCAUCUCUAGGGCUGUGUGGCCAUGACUGAGUGUUCUGCCUUCUCGGUAUGUCCACUGACUCCUUUAAGAGCCCUGUGGUGGACUGAAGUGGCACAAGUGCGGGGACCUGCUGGGUAAGCCACAUCCUCCCUCUGCUUUUCCUGUGGGGGAGUCGCCAGCCAUAUCCUGGGGGAGCUUUGCUUGUGGAAUUAUUCACAGUAUUUUGACCCACUGCGGGAAGUGUCCCUGAAUUUGAUCAGGGAAGCCUGUGCUUGUCAUCUGGGCAUAGACCCCUUCAGUGUAACGAUAGAGAAUAAAACUGUCUGGUGAAUGAC